AUGGGAGAUCCACUUUCCAUGUUCGAUGUCUUCGAAACUGAAGAUCAACGUGAAGAAGUGGAAGAUCACACUAAUCCACUGAAACAGGGUGAAAAUGAUAAAUUUCCUAAUUCACGCAAUAACAUAAAUAACCACGACGAAGACUACGAGUUUAAUCAUUUGACUUCUCCACUUACAAGUGAUAUUAAAAUUGAGAAGAUCCACUCUUCAUACAAUUGCUCCCAUUAUAGAGUGGCACCUGUAGAUAGUAAGUAUGAGCCAAAAAAUAUUACAACAUUCGCCAAGAAAUACCCAUUCACACUUGACGAGUUUCAGAAGAGGUCAAUAGAGUCAUUGGAGAGAGAUGAGUCAGUUCUAGUUUGCGCCCACACAUCAGCUGGGAAGACAGUUGUAGCCGAAUAUGCUAUAGCAAUGGGACUGAGGGAUGGGCAUAGGAUCAUUUACACAUCACCAAUAAAGGCGUUGAGUAACCAGAAGUACCGGAACCUGUCAGACGAGUUCGUAGACGUGGGCCUGAUGACAGGAGAUGUUACAUUAAACCCUAACGCCUCAGUGAUGGUGAUGACCACCGAAAUCCUAAGGAGCAUGCUUUACAGAGGAAGUGAAAUUGUUCAGGAGAUGAAGUGUGUCAUUUUCGACGAGGUACACUACAUGCGUGAUCUAGAGAGAGGUGUGGUAUGGGAGGAGACAAUCAUCCUAAUACCAAACAAAGUAAACCUAGUAUUCCUAUCCGCAACAAUCCCGAAUUACCUUGAAUUCUCAGAGUGGAUUACUAGAAUAAAGAGAAUUCCCUGUAACGUUAUUAGUACAGAUUACAGACCAGUGCCACUAAACCAUUAUUUAUACAUGUCUGGAGCUGAAGGAAUUUACCUUAUUCUUGAUGAGGAUAAUAAUUUUAAAUCCAGUAACUAUAACAAGUGCUUGAGCGCUGGAUCCCAAAAUAAUUUUCGGGAUAAGGAAUCAGGUUCCAGAGAUAAACGACGCAUAACCAGCACAUUUAAGGAUAUAGAAAACAUAGUUAAGCUCUGUUUUGACAAGAAUCUCGCACCAUGUAUCAUCUUCUCGUUCAGUAAAUCCGACUGUGAGACGUCUGCCACAGCAGUCAGACACCUUGACAUGACCUCAGAUGAGGAAAAAAAACUCAUUGACGAGAUUUAUAAAAAUGCAAUGGCAACUCUAAGUGAACAGGACAGACUUUUACCACAAAACCUUUUCAUGCUUCCGUUACUUAAGAACGGGAUUGGAAUUCACCACGGUGGACUCCUGCCGAUUAUCAAGGAAAUCAUUGAAAUACUUUUCCAAGAAUCGCUACUCAAGGUACUUUUUAGCACAGAAACUUUCAGCAUGGGACUUAAUAUGCCGGCUAAAACGGUCGUUUUCACCAAGAUGAAGAAGUGGGAUGGAAGAGAAGUCAGAUACAUUUCGUCCGGAGAAUAUAUACAAAUGGCUGGUAGAGCCGGUAGAAGAGGUUUAGAUACCAUUGGUGUUGUUAUCAUAAUGCUAGAUAAAUCUGAUGCACUGAUUGAUGAAGAGGUGAAGAAGAUAUUUCUGGGAAAGCCAUUGAACUUGGAUUCAACAUUUCAUCUGGGUUAUAAUAUGCUUUUGAAUUUGAUGAGAAUAGAAGAUACGACACCGGAAUACCUAAUUGAAAGGUCAUUUAUGCAAUUCCAGGUCAAGAACAAGUCGGCAGAAAUAUCCUCAAAAUUAAAGGAGGCUAAAGUUAAACUUGAGAGUUUGAGGAGUCAAUUCGACUCUGAACUGUUCCUUCUAACAUCAUCACUUCAUGAGAAUAAGGAAAAAUUGGAAAAACUUAACGAGAAAAUGAGUAACAUCGUGAUGAAUGAUACAAAAUCUUUAAAUUACUUAAACUAUGGAAGAUUAAUUUAUGUUAAAAAUGAUCAAGUUUGGGGUUGGGCCGUUUGCAUUUCCCCUCCAAAGUUAAAAUUAAACAACCCUAAAAAUUUGAAGAAGUAUCAUUUUGAUUGCUUAUAUCAAGUUAAUAUGAAAGGUGAUGCCAUGUAUCCAUCAACAGAGACUUGUUGGGGAAGGUUUGAAGUUAAAGCGUUUCCAAUUGACUCAAUUAAGAAGAUGUCACAGAUCAGGAUCACAAUUCACGAGAAGGUGGAUGUAGAGUCUCAAAACUUCCAAAACGCCAUGGUUAAUAAAUUCGAACAACUCAGUAAACACAUUCAAACUCUAGGACAACUCCCACUUCUACACCCAGUUGAACAUAUGAAAAUCAAUAAUCAAGAUCUUACACAUAUAUUAUCGUAUCUAGUCGAUACAACCUUACAUUUAAUUAAAUAUUUAUAUUUAAAAAACACUAAAUCAAUGAGUAGUGAAAUUGAUAGACUGAUGAAUGAAAUAAAUGCUUCACCAUUACCAAUGAGAGAAGAUUAUAAAGAAUUGUUUUCCAGAUAUGAGGAGUAUUCGAAAGUUAGAAAGGAAACUGAGGAGUUGGAGAACCAAUUAAAGGAAUGUACACAGAUAAUUAUGAAGGACGAAUUGAGGCAUAUGAAGUCAGUAUUGAGGAAGUUGGAAUACGUAGACCAGUUUGGAACAGUGACAAUCAAGGGAAGAAUAGCAUGCGAAAUUAACGCAACGGAUGAAUUGUUGGUAUCUGAGUUGUUUUUGAGGAACUUUUUCGAAAACAUGGAACCGGAACAUAUAUGCGCAUCAUUAAGUUGCUUAGUUAACGAUGAUAGAAAAGAAGGAAAAUCUCCAACUGAACUUAAACUUAUUGACGCUUAUAAUAAAAUAAGAGAAAUAGCAACUGAGAUAGUGGAUGUGAUGAUAGACUGUGGAAUAAUAGUAGACGAGUCUGAGUAUGUAAAUAGGCUUAGACCGACAUUAAUGUCAGUAGUUUACAGAUGGGCAAAAGGAGACCCUUUUAUAGAAAUCCUGGCAGAAUCAUCAGUGUUUGAGGGUUCAGUAAUAAGAUGCAUUAGAAGGUUGGACGAAUUGUUGAGGCAACUGGCUUGUGCCUCAAGGAAUAUCGGAAACAUGACGAUGGAACAGACUUUCCUGACCUGCAUAUCUAAAUUAAAGAAGGGAAUCGCAUUCACCUCAUCACUCUACCUAUGA